AUGGCUGCUUCUCUACCACACCCAAAGAUUGUGAAGAAACACACCAAGAAGUUCAAGCGUCACCACUCUGACCGUUACCACAGAGUCGCUGAGAACUGGAGAAAGCAAAAGGGUAUUGACUCCGUUGUCAGAAGAAGAUUCAGAGGUAACAUCUCUGAGCCAACCAUCGGUUAUGGUUCCAACAACAAGACCAAGUUCAUGCGUCCUUCCGGCCACAAGACCUUCUUGGUCGCCAACGGCAAGGACUUGGAAAUGUUGAUGAUGCACACCAGAACCUACGCCGCUGAAAUCGCUCACAACGUUUCUUCCAAGAACAGAGUUACCCUUUUGGCCAGAGCUAAGGCUUUGGGCAUCACCGUUACCAACCCUAACGGCCGUUUGGGUUUGUCUGCCUAA